AUGAACAAGACAAGAAGUUCUUCUCCUGGAAAUCAUGUUAGAAAGGGAACUUCAUGUCCAGCUGGUUAUGUUGCUCUGGAAAAGUUUAGAAAUGCUGAUGGUGCCUUUGGUGUUCGUGUCAAUAUUUAUAAUGCCAAUGGGAGUGUAUGGAAGACUUAUUUCCAAACUCAAAUGCUCAAUUCUGGAUGUGUUGAUGUUCCGUAUAAGAAGGUUAUGCUUUUGGAUCCAUUUGUUUCAUGGAGUGAUGACAAUUUAAAGUUUACUGCUUGUGCUAUGUGUACUCCUGCUGUUAGUGGUGGAAAUAAUUUGAGUUGUAAUUGCCCUACUUUCUAA